CAAUUGAAAUGAACAACAAGAAAAAUACAACAAUUAAUCAAAGUUUUAGCAUGUAGAAUCUUCUAAUUACUGUUGGACAAAAUCACCCGAUUUAUGCACGGCAGUUGCAGGCGUGCAAAAAAGAGCAAUAGACAAUGAUUGUUCGGCAAUUUGUAACUGGCAGUAAUGCUGUGGAAGAAAUUUACAUUGUGCAGUCGGAUUGUUCGAGUUUUGUAAACGAAACGACCGAUAACGGGAGUGCAACUUGUAAUGAUACACAUGAUACUGCUGAACAGGGCGUUGCUUCACGCAUCGAGAAUACAAUCAUCGGUAACAGGAAAACAGAACCGACCGACACUAAACCACGUCAAGAAUAUUUCACCAUAGAUGCAAGAGCUUCAGACAUUCACCCGGUGUCAAUUGUAAAAUUAAGCAAUAAUAGACAACACGCAGCAUCUGCCCAAUCUCAGUCCGGACCUGAUAAUCACAUUUGCCAGCUGUGUUUUGUGACAUUUAAAACAAGCGUUAUGUUAAAACAACAUCUAGAAUUGAAUCAUCAUCACAUGUUGCCAUUCAAGUGCAAAUCAUGUGCUUCUAGCGAAAUAAGAAGCGUUUUACAGCUGAACAAUCAUUUUUCCCAGCAUGAUCGUAACAAAAUGCACAAAUGUAGUUAUUGCGAAGCUAGAUUUGAUAGUGCAAUGCGUCGUUCAGCACACCAACGUAGAUUCCAUCAAAAUACAGUGCGUAAUGGAAGCAGUGUAGGGAGAUACACCUGUCGAUAUUGUGGGAAACGGUUUGUAGCAAAAUGGAACUUUGGCCGACACGAGCGCAACCACGAGAAAAUGCUGACUCUGUCCGGAGAGGUGGAUAUUUUCGACUUUUUGUAUCAUUGUUAUUUGUGCCGAAAGCAGUUCACUUCCAAGCAAACUCUUUACGAGCACCUGCAUGUACAUGUUGAUCGAUUACCUUAUCGGUGUGAUCGAUGCGUAACUUCGAACGUGACCAUUUUUUCCGUGCGCUUGUUGAACAAGCAUGUUGCCUUGCAUUUAGAGAAGAAACCCGUUAAAUGUAUGUAUUGUGCCGAGACCUUUAUUUCAAUUAAGGAAUGUGAAACACACGAAAGACAUAACCAUGGAGGUUCAUCAGGUGACGGGCACAAUUUAGAUAAAAACGAUAAAGAAAAUGAAACUUCGAAAGGAUGUGAGAGGUCGAUAAACGAUAAUCACACCAAUGAAAUAUUGCGCUACGAGUGUUCCUUCUGUAAUAAGUCAUAUUCACUUUUGAGCACUUUACGUAGACAUGAAAACAUUCAUACCGAAAAUAGACAGUUCCUAUGUAAAAUUUGUGGCAAAAUGUUCAAAAAAAAGUCCUGUCUCUCACAGCACGAACGUUCCCAUUUGGACAAUAUUCCGUACAAAUGUGGUGACUGCGGUAAAGGUUUCAAAGAAACAAUUCAUUUGAUUGUACAUAGACGUAUACACACAGGCGAAAAACCUUUCCAGUGUGACCAUUGCAUGAAGCAGUUUCGUUUAAAAUCGCUUCUUAAAGAACAUACCGUAAAGUGCGCCAUCAAACAGAUUCCUCCUGCUCAGGAUGCUAGAUGUGAACAUUGUCUACGUGUGUUUCCUAGCGAACAUUUGCUCACAAAACAUGUCUUGGAAUUGCAUUCGCAGUACAUGUUUACAGACAGCAAAUGUAGUUAUUGUGAUAAGAAACUAAAAUCUGAUAAGGCCUUAUUGGAACACGAAACCCAACAUGGACAACCUGGCGUAAUUGAGUGUAAGGAAUGCGGAAGAAUCUUUAAACAGCGGUCUAACCUGAGGCGUCAUCAACGACUUCACACCAUGAAUGUUAUACCGUACAAAUGCGAUAUGUGCGGGAAAUCAUUUUCACAGCAAAGCACGAUGACGGUCCACAGACGGAUGCAUACAGGAGAGAAACCAUAUAAGUGUGAAAUUUGUGGAAAAUGUUUUCAAUACAGUUCUACCAAGAACCGUCAUAAGCGGUUACAUUACAAGAAGGGUAGCAAAUUGUUUGUAUCGUUUCCAAAUCCUAGCGAUGCAGCAAAUGGGGAAAUAAAUGUUUCCUAUCGCAACAUUUGAAAAAAUCGAAUUAAACAUUAUGAGACAUUCGAUCGCGAAAGACUGUAAAAGUGGAUACAAUAGUAAAUUGAGAUGUAAAAUUAUACUGAAGCGAAUAAAACAG